AUGGGGAGGAAGAAAGGCGGUCGCGACUCCUCCUUGAAGGAGGGGUCUGAUGUUCCAGAAGCAGAUCAGGAAUCCCCGGCGGCGGCCGUGGAGAAGCAGCAGCAGCAGCAAGAACAGCAGCAGCAGCAGCAACAGCAGCAGGAGCCGCCAGCUUCUGAUCCACAGCAGCAAGCAUCUCAUCAGCAAGACGCAGGGCAGAAGGAACAGAAGCAGCAAUUGCGGUCCCAGGAAGGGGAACCAAAGCAGCAGCAAGGGGAGCAUGAUCAGCAGCAGCGGCAGCAACCGGAGCAACAGCAGGAGCAGAAGCCGGAGCAACGUCCGGUGCAGGAGCAUCCAAAGCAGCAGAAGGAACGGCAGCCUGAGCAGCAGCAACAGGGGCAGCAGCAGAAGGACCAGCAGCAAGAGCAGCAACAGCAGCAAAACUCAACAGCCAUAGAUUUCAAGCGCGCACACUCCGUAGACCUGGAUAUAUUUGCAGAAGAAAAAGAGAGACCCCCAACUCCCCCCUCACCCACAAGUGGGAAAAGGCAGAGCGACAAAACAGCAGCCGACAUUUUGCAGGAGCUGCAGGAGGCAGAGAGGCAAAGACAAAUGCAAGCGGAGAAGCAGAAGGAGCUGGAGCGGCAGAAGGAAAUACAGAGGCAAAAGGAAAUCGAAAGGCAGAAAGAAAUGGAAAGGCAGAAGCAAGUAGAAAGACAAAAGGAAAUAGAAAAACAGAAGGAAAUAGAGAGGCAGAAGGAAAUGGAAGAAGAGCAAAAGGAAAUGGAAAGGCAAAAGGAAGUAGAAAAACAGAAGGAAAUAGAAAGUCAGAAGGAAAUAGAGAAGCAGAAGGAAAUGGAAAGGCAAGCGGAAAUGGAAAGACAGAGAGAACUAGAGAGACAAAGGGAAAUCGAGAAGCAAGAAGAACUAUUGAAGCAAAAGGAGUUGGAGAGGCAAAAGGAAGAAGAGGACAGACUAAGGAAAGAAAGAGAAGCAGCAGCAGCAAACGCAGCCGAAGCUGAAGCAGCUCCACCAGCAGAACCUGAACCGGCGGGCGCAGCAAGAGAAGAAGCCGCAGCAGCGGGACCCGAAGCUGAACGAGAACCAGCAGGAGAAGCAACAGCAGCAGAGACUGGACCCGUAGCAGCAGAAUCGCCUACCAUCGUGGUGCAGCACGCAGAUGACACCCGCCGCGCCUUCGCUGAGGCGCUGCGGGUGCUAAGAGGCGAAGCCCCUUCUAUUUCUUCCCAGUCAAAUUCUGAGGGAGGUUCGGAAACAGAAACGGAAACAGAGUCCGAGCCUCCUUUGCUACAGCAGCUGAACCAUUCGCAGAGGCUGCUGGUGGGGCAGCUGCAACAGCUCGAUGAAGAGGCGCAAACCCUAGAAACGGAAUUCGAACAAGAAGUAGAGCUCCUAAGGUUUCAGCACGAGAAACGCCUCCUGCCCUUGUAUCAGAAACGUGCUCAGCUGCUGUCGAGUCCCAGCAAGCUGGAAGCAGCAGCGGCAGCUGCAACAGCCGCCGCCGCAGCAGCAGGGGCCCCCAGCAGCACGCUUGCCUCAACGGCCCCGUCACAGCCAGCACAAGCACCGUUACCGUCUGCAGCAGCUCCAGAAAAUGCAGCAGCCGCAGAAGCAGAAACAGCAGUGACGCCAUCAGCAGGCUACUCCGUGGCUACCCCUGGCCUGCCUGGGUUUUGGCUGAGUGUAUUAGAGCGCGAGGCGCACACAGCCAGAUCUCUAAGCUCUGGGGAUCGCGCGUGCCUGCUGUAUCUUGAAGACGUAAGAGCCGACAAGAGGCUGCGGAAGGAAGAUGGCUUCAGCGUUUCUUUCGUCUUUGCUGCCAAUCCUUUCUUUUCGAAUAGAGUCCUCAGCAAAGAAAUCUGCAUGCAGAAACAAGGAGACGAUGCGGUUGUCGCCAAAACUAUUGGCACCGAGAUACACUGGAAUGAAGGAAUGGAUCUCACGAAGUCCGUGAGGAUAAGCAAGCAGAGGAACCUUCGGACUCGGGAAGUUCGAAUCGUCAAAAAUAUAACAAGCGAGAAUUCGUUUUUUAAUUUCUUCGAGAACACACAAGUGCCAUCCAAUAGAGCAAUUAGGGCUAUGGGAGAUGAUGAAGCCCGUCUGCUGUUCAAGCGGCUGAGCACCGAAUACGAAAUGGCAGUGGUCAUAAGAGACAUAAUUGUUCCGAAGGCCAUAGGCGUCUACCUUGGCGUCGCAGGAGCAGAGUCCGAUAGCGAGGAAAGCAGUGACGACUGA